CUUACUCCCCACUUUCAAAAUCAUUUUUUUUUUAAUUUUAUUUUUUCCUACUUCGAUUCAUCAAAUUCUUAGUUAAACUUCUCCGAUAAUGGCGGACACAGAGACGUUUGCAUUCCAAGCAGAGAUCAACCAGCUGUUGAGUCUCAUCAUCAACACUUUUUACAGUAACAAAGAGAUAUUUCUCCGUGAGCUCAUCAGUAACUCUUCCGAUGCUCUUGACAAGAUCCGUUUUGAGAGCUUGACCGACAAGAGCAAGCUUGAUGGACAGCCUGAGCUUUUCAUUCAUAUCAUUCCUGACAAGGCUACCAACUCUUUGACCAUUGUUGAUAGUGGAGUCGGAAUGACCAAGGCUGAUUUGGUGAACAACUUGGGUACCAUUGCCCGAUCUGGAACCAAGGAGUUCAUGGAAGCUAUUACUGCUGGUGCUGAUGUUAGCAUGAUUGGUCAGUUUGGUGUUGGUUUCUACUCUGCUUAUUUGGUUGCUGACAAGGUGGUUGUUACAACCAAGCACAAUGAUGACGAGCAGUAUGUCUGGGAGUCUCAAGCUGGAGGGUCUUUCACUGUUACCAGGGAUACUUCUGGUGAAUCCCUUGGCAGAGGUACCAAGAUGACUCUAUACCUUAAAGAGGACCAGCUAGAGUAUCUUGAAGAGCGCAGGCUCAAGGAUCUGAUCAAAAAGCAUUCUGAAUUCAUCAGCUACCCUAUCUCUCUAUGGGAAGAGAAGACCACUGAAAAAGAAAUUUCUGAUGAUGAGGAUGAGGAAGAGAAGAAAGAUGAAGAAGGCAAAGUUGAGGAGGUUGAUGAGGAAAAAGAGAAGGAAGAGAAGAAGAAGAAGACCAUCAAGGAAGUGUCUCAUGAAUGGGCUUUGGUCAACAAGCAAAAGCCAAUCUGGAUGAGGAAACCUGAAGAAAUUACCAAGGAAGAGUAUGCUGCUUUCUACAAGAGUCUAACUAAUGACUGGGAGGAGCAUCUGAAUGUUAAACACUUUUCAGUUGAGGGCCAGCUCGAGUUCAAGGCCAUUCUUUUUGUUCCCAAGAGGGCUCCAUUUGAUCUCUUUGAUACAAAGAAAAAGCCCAACAACAUCAAGCUUUAUGUUCGCCGUGUCUUUAUCAUGGACAACUGUGAGGAGCUCAUUCCUGAGUAUUUGAGCUUUGUGAAGGGUAUUGUUGAUUCUGAAGAUCUUCCUCUUAACAUCUCAAGAGAGAUGUUGCAGCAAAACAAGAUCCUCAAGGUUAUUCGCAAGAACUUGGUCAAGAAGUGUGUUGAGCUGUUCCAAGAAAUUGCUGAGAACAAGGAAGACUAUGCUAAGUUUUAUGAAGCUUUCUCCAAGAACCUUAAGUUGGGUAUCCAUGAGGAUUCUCAGAACAAGACUAAGCUAGCUGAGCUUCUCCGAUACCACUCCACCAAGAGUGGUGAUGAGAUGACCAGUUUGAAGGACUAUGUCACUAGGAUGAAGGAGGGUCAAAGUGACAUCUACUACAUCACUGGUGAGAGCAAGAAGGCAGUCGAGAACUCUCCUUUCUUGGAGAAGCUCAAGAAGAAGGGAUAUGAGGUGUUGUAUAUGGUUGAUGCCAUUGAUGAGUAUGCUGUUGGUCAACUCAAGGAGUUUGAGGGAAAGAAGUUGGUAUCUGCUACCAAGGAAGGUUUGAAGCUUGAGGAAACUGAAGAUGAGAAACAGAAGCAGGAGGCUUUGAAGGAGAAGUUCGAGGGUCUUUGCAAGGUGAUGAAGGAUGUUUUGGGUGACAAGGUUGAGAAGGUUGUGGUGUCUGACCGUGUGGUGGAUUCUCCAUGCUGUUUGGUUACUGGUGAAUAUGGGUGGACUGCAAACAUGGAAAGAAUUAUGAAGGCACAGGCUUUGAGGGAUUCAAGUAUGGCUGGUUACAUGUCUAGCAAGAAGACCAUGGAGAUCAACCCCGAGAACUCUAUUAUGGAGGAGCUUAGGAAGAGGGCUGAUGCUGACAAGAACGACAAGUCUGUUAAGGACUUGGUGUUGUUGCUUUUCGAGACUGCAUUGCUUACCUCUGGUUUCAGCCUGGAUGAACCCAACACUUUUGGCAACAGAAUCCACAGAAUGUUGAAGCUUGGACUCAGCAUUGACGAGGAUGUUGCUGAUGAAGAUGCUGAUGUGCCUGCCCUUGAGGAAGCUGAUGCUGAUGCCGAGAGCAAGAUGGAGGAGGUCGACUAAUUUCUUCGUCCUCAUAUUCGGCAUGGUCUUGAUUUAUGUUUUGAACUGUUAUAGCUCUUUUUAUGCAGUAUUUUUGUUAUUUUUAUGGAACAGUAUUUUCGUCCAACAAGACACGUAAUUGGUUUUCAUCAUUA